CUGGAUACCAGAGAGUGGAGAGAGUGAGAGAGGCUAGCCUUUAAAUCUCUGCGGUGCAGAGCUGGAAAAGCUGCUUCUCAGCGAAAAUCAGACGCCCUAUUUACUCAACGCUUAUUCGCUCCUUUUAUUUUCCUGGAGAAAAAAAGGGACUUACAAACCAAGAAGAAGUUGCAACGCGGACUGGUGCCCGUCUCAGCGAACAAACGUGGUAUUUCUUUUACUGUCAUUAUUUAUGUUUUCUUUUCAUGUGUGUGUGAAUACACAUCUGCUGAAGGGACUGAGAGUUUUUUUUUUCUUCUUUUUUUUUUUUUUUUUUUUUAACUUCUGCACUGAGACGCACUGCUUUCUACCUCCUGCCUGGUCUCUCUGCCAGAUUAUCCCAGCAGAAGUAGGCUAUAUGACGCAAACCGUGUGCAGAGCAUUAGUCUGAAAGUUUUCCUCCUCAACUUUUUUUCGUUUUCCUUUUUUUUUUUUUUCUCAACCAAUCACACGGUGUUUCAUGCUACAGCAAGUCAGUGCACAGCGGUGGAUGAGCCAAAAGAACUAUUGCAUGAAACAAGAGAGGAGAGAAGAGACGCUGAUUAAUAAGUCAGUUUUUGCGUCGCUCGCCAGCACCUUUGCAUAUCUGCAAAAGAGUCGCGACAACAACAUGAGUGCAGAGAUGAGCAUGGGCCCGGAACUACCCAGCAGCCCUCUGGCUCUGGAAUAUGUCAACGAUUUUGACCUGAUGAAGUUUGACGUGAAGAAGGAAGGCCUGGCCGGGCUGGAUCGCAACGGAGUGCGCCAGUGUAACCGUCUCCAACCCCAGGGCUCCGUGUCCUCCACCCCCAUCAGUACGCCCUGCAGCUCGGUGCCCUCCUCGCCCAGCUUCAGCCCCACAGAGCAGAAAAACCACCUCGAGGAGCUGUACUGGAUGCCGAACAGCGGGUACCACCAGCAGAUAGACCCGCAGACGCUAAGCUUGACCCCGGAGGACGCGGUGGAGGCCCUGAUCGGAGCCACGGCUCACGGCCACCCUCCGCCUCCGCACGUCCAACAGCAGCUGCAGCAGCAAGGCGCCUUCGAGGGCUACAGGGGCCCGCAUCACCACCACAGCCACCACGGUCACAGCCAGCAGCAUCACCACCCGUACGCGGGGGGCAUCCCGCACCACGCCGAGGAACUGUCCGGGCACCCGGGCGGACACAGCCACCCACACAGCCAGCAUCACCACCAUCACAGCCAGGACCCCGACAGCCCGUCCCCGGUGUCCCCAGAGUCCCACCAGCCGCUCCAUCAUCACCGCCACCACCACCACCACCAUCCGCACGGCCACCUGAGCCAGUCUGGGGCGCACCACGGCUCCGGGGGCGGACUGAACGUGGAGGACCGCUUCUCCGACGACCAGCUCGUGUCCAUGUCGGUGAGGGAGCUCAACAGACACCUGCGGGGCUUCACCAAGGACGAGGUCAUCCGCCUGAAGCAGAAGAGGAGGACCCUGAAGAACCGGGGCUACGCGCAGUCCUGCCGGUUCAAGCGGGUGCAGCAGAAGCACGUGCUGGAGAACGAGAAGACGCAGCUGAUGAACCAGGUGGAGCAGCUGAAGGCGGAGAUCAGCCGGCUGGCGAGGGAGCGGGACGCCUACAAACUCAAGUGCGAGAAACUGACGGGGUCGGGGGCCAAUAACGGGUUCCGCGAGGCUGGCUCGACCAGUGACAACCCUUCAUCACCAGAGUUCUUCAUGUGAGUUUGUCGCAGCCUUGUUUUUUUUUUCUCUCGCGAACCUCACCACCACCACCCUCACAAACAAACAAACUUUACCUCCCCACCUCCUCCUCCUCCACCAUCCCCCCCACCUUUCCUUUCUCCACCAACGACUGACUUUGCUGAUGAACAAAAAAAAAAAUAAUAAUCCACACCUCCCAUACUGUUUGAUUAUACUAAUAACGGUAACAAUUAUAUUCAUAUUAGAAGAAUAAUCCAUCAGAUAGUACUCUCAUAUAUAACCAUCUCUCCAUCCACGUGUCAACUGAGAUACAAAGAGCAACGUAGAGUGUCUGACCAGUCGCAGCAUCUUUGUAGAUUAGUUGCUUGUAGUGAAGAGACUUUUUUUUUUUUUUUUUUUUUUGGUUCUUCUUCAAAGAAGAGGAUCGGCUGAUGAACUUUCUUUUUUUUUUCUUUUUCUCUCUCUCUCCUUUGAGGCUUUUGAAUAAUCUGUAAGUAGUGUGGGAUGGCGUCGAGGCAGUUGUCUUUGUAAUUUUGUUCUCCAAAAACGAUGACAUGGUUAUGAAACAACAAGCAGGCCUGGCCUCGCAGCCUGCAACACACCAGACCCUCAUUCGACAAGUGGGGUCCCCCGCAAACUGAGAAGAUCUCCCAAAAAAAAAAAAUUAAAAAAAAAAAAAAAAAAAAAGAAGGAAAAAAAAAAAAGCGGGACUCCACUUUAUGCAAAUUGAAACUUCUGUCUACUAAACCCGUCACAGGGGGGACAUUUUAUGCAACAUCUCAUUGAUUUAUUGCCUGCUUGGUUAUAUUCGAAUAUAUAUUGAAACAAAAAAUCUGCAUUAAAUAUUAAUCCUGCAUGCUGGACAUGUACGGUAAUAAUUUCUAUUUUGUACUUUCAUCUUCUUCGUGUAUAUUAAGAGCAUGUUGUUGAUCUGCGCUUCUCCAUAGUUUGUUUGUUUUUUUCUUUUCUGUUGUUGUUGUUGUUGUUGUUUUGAGUUUUGAGGGGAGGGGGGUUUAGAGAAAUGCAGCGGGGACAGAACAGCAGGACUGCCGGUGCAGUAUAUCAUAUGGUGUGGGUUUUUUUUUUUUUUUUUUGGGCUUGUAAAUAUUAUGCAACCGCAAAACUGCACAACAAGAUUGAGGAGGCUGGUUUGAACUUCUUUCUUUGUGUUGUGUGUAUGUUUUUUUUAAAUUUCAUUUAUUUGUUGUGAUUUUUUUUUAUCAUUUGUUGGGUAUUGAUUGAAAGAGGAGUGCAUUUGUUUUUCAGUUGCAUUUAAAAACACAACAAACUGUGUGUCAAGUGCACUUUUGGAUAAUGAUUUGCAAGUUUUCAUUUUGAACUUUGUGCAGACCUCCCUCCAGGAAGACAUACUAUGAUAUUAUACUGUAAUAUUUUUUUUUUUGCAAGACAGGCCUGAGUGCAAAGUUUUUAGGGGAACAUUUGGACGCAUGUUGUGUAAAAGCUGAGGAGAUGAACAUGUGGCCACAAUAUUAUUGGAUCCAGACUGCACAAAAGAGAAAAAAAAGGCUUUUGCGCACCAACAAGGCGAGGAUUCCACAUACUGUUGAACAGACACGUUUUUUUUUUUCAUUUGAAUUCAGUGUCGCUUUUAUGCCACAGAUUCACAAAAAAAAGUGUUGUCUGCUUUUUCUAUUAACUCUUUCACGAAACGCACUAUAGACUAAAAAACAAAACCACAUAUCCCUCAUUGUGAUUGGCGGCCACCUGUAGCAUAUUUUCACUGGGCCUAAAAAUGAAACGCUCUAACCUAUAUUUUGUAAAAGAAAAAGUGCAACAACUUUCUUCUCAGAGGUUUUAUGUAGAGGUGAUAUUUAGGUAACACAAAUGUUUUAAUACAGAAGUUUGACUAUUGAUGUUCUAUGUUUUCCUGAUUUUUUUUCUGCCGGUCAGUAAAAAAGGGGACUCAGGUUGUGCAAAUUCUCAAAAUGAAAACAAACGUCUAUGUUAUGUAAUACUUUUUAUUUGUCUGUUUUAUUAUUAUUUGAUGAUUCUGGUUCUGCUGGCCAGAUGCAUAGUUAAAGUUUUUAUUUUAAUGAUUUAAAUUAAACGGUCAGAUCAUAUCGAUUAAGCAUGGUGCUUGCAUUGAAACUGUUGUUGAAAAGUCAUGCAUUUUAACAAUCUUUUGGUUUGUUACUGAUUCAACUGUGUUGAAAUCGAACUGAAACUGCAGCAGCGGGUUGUUGUUUUGUUUUCACCAAUUCCAUGUACUUAGCGAUGAUGGGGAUCAAUUUUCAAUCCUGUUUAUAUAAAUAAUAGUAACACUUAAAUUUGAACUGUUCCAUUCAGGCUGGUUUCUGUUUUGUCUUUUUUUUGGUUGUUUUUGGAAGAAAUUGUUUCCUAUUUUGCUUAUUAAAGUCAUUGAAAUGGCAAGAA